UAUGCUGCAAAUAUUGGUGGCACAGGCACACUCACGGGGACUGGACCGAAUUUAAUAUUAAGUGGCCAGUCAGAAGAACUAUUUCCGGGCAGUGGUGGUAUUGGAUUUGCUGAUUGGUUCAUCUACGCUUUCCCAGAAAUGCUUCUUCUGCUGUUUGUUGCCUGGAUUUGGAUACAAUGGGUGUAUUUAGACACAAGAUUGAGUGAUUUAAUCAACCUCGUUCGCUGCAGACGAGGUAAAAGGAAAAACAGUGAAGCAAUUGAAAAAGCUACGAAUGUUAUUAGACGACAAUACAACGAAUUAGGACCAAUUUCAUUUGCAGAGAUAACAGUGCUGAUCCAUUUCAUUAUCUUGGCAUUAUUAUGGCUCUUCCGAGAUCCGAAGUUUAUCGAUGGAUGGGCCAUCAUAUUUAAAGAUGGAUAUGUGCGCGAUGGGACUGUUGGUAUUAUUGUCGCGUUCUCUCUGUUCAAUUUCCCCUCUCGGAAACCGAAAAUAUUUUCAAGAUUAUUUUCAAGGGAUAAUGAAUACGAUAUCGAAGAAGAGCCGAGCGAUGGUCGUUCAUCGACGUUGCUCAACUGGCCUACGGUAUCGGAGAAGUUCGCUUGGAAUAUUGUCCUUUUGCUUGGAGCUGGUUUUGCUAUGGCUAAGGCCGCGAAGGACUCGGGUUUAUCGAUUUGGCUUGGGCAACAACUGGCUAAAUUGGACAGUGUACCAACGUUUGUUAUAGUUCUUAUUACGGCAUCAAUGCUGUGCGCUUUUACAGAGGUCACAUCAAACACAGCAACCGCGACGAUUUUCCUGCCAAUUCUCGGAACACUGGCGACAGGUCUUGAGAUACACCCGUGGCGUUUGAUGGUACCAGCAACCGUAGCUUGCUCUUUCGCAUUCAUGCUUCCAGUAGCGACACCACCCAAUGCAAUCGUUUUUGCUUCCGGUUAUCUCAAAGUUGCUGAUAUGGCUAAAACAGGCUUGUUUAUGAACAUCACAAGUGUUGCUGUCUUGAUGCUGUGGUUGUAUACGUUUGGAACAUGGUAUUUUGACCUCAAUACGUUCCCUACUUGGGCUGUUAUCGCUGUUAAAAAUUCGACAAAAACUUGUGUGUAAAAAACAGACUUGUAGCGAUGCUGCCGUUUUGCAAAGUUGCUACAAGAUUGUCACUUGAUAAAUAUAUCUUGAUUCGCAGCAUGGUAUAAUCGUAAAGAAUAGGCUAAACUUGUAAACAAGCUUACAGGUGAAACUAUUUUGCAGACUACUUCCUUCUAAAAUAUUUUUUCCAGAAAAUGUCAGCGCGCGGUUUAACGUUAGUCAAUCACAACUGCUUAUAAUUGGAUAUAUUAACGUUUCGAAACGCCCUUAAAAUAUGUCUACCGAUGGAUUUCGGUUAAAUAGGAUUCCUCGGAUCUCCAAAACCAAAAGUAUGGUUCAUCUGAUUAUUCGAAUUUAAGGAUGACAUCCACUUGCAAUGUAAACAAGCGCUUUGUUUAAAUUUUAAACUGUUUUUUAGGACGAACUAUCUGCUUUUCAUUAAAAGCGGAUUUCCAAUCGCAGAAAAAGAUUUCGCAAACGAAAUAUUUGCAUGUUUUGUUUUAAAAUUUGCCAGAAUAAAUGAGUUCAGCUUGACUAUUCUCAUAUAUUUUAUACAAAAGUUUUACUAGCGAACCAUUUCUUUGAAAUUUGAAAUCCAGCAAUUGGUAAUUAUUCUAUCUGUGGGCAAAAAAGCAAGCACAAAUUUGGGACAUAGGACAUGUCGAAGUUUCCUUCAUCAAAAAAUGGCCGGAUGCAUCUUAAAAACAAGAUUUCAAAAGCUCUUAAACGAGUCUGCUUGUUAUAAGGUUAAAAGAAAGAUAAAUUUCUUUUCUCUAAAAACAGUCUGAUAUGAACUUUAUGUUACACUAAUUAUGGCGUAUUGUGGCACUUGAGCCCGUGGGACUUUUGGUCAUUUUCAUGAUUGUCAUGCAUGAUUAUGAUUACAACACAAUCGACAUCAUUUUUUGCCUAAAUAUAAACACAGCUAUUUUUGAAAAAUCACACAUGGGGAAAAACUUAAUUUUUGAAGUUGUAACGGUGGAAUUUUGUAAUUCUGGCUCAGAAAAACUUGAAGUAUAUUUACGAUGUAAAACGCUUUACUUGGGAAUAUAUGUAGUGUUUAUAAUGUAAAAAAGUUAUGUAAAAAUGUCGUGUUUAACUUGUGAAAUAAAAGUCAUUAAGUCAAAUCCAAUUGUUGAACUAAUUUAUUUAAACAUUUAGUUGAGACUUCAAGAAUUAUAAUAUGAAUAUUAAACUAUUCAAAUGUUUAAAAAAUAUUUUAGUUGAGAUGUGUCAUAAGUGAUGAAUAAUAUCACAGUUAAUAGAUUAUACAUGUUUUGGAGACCACAUAAAACUACAAUACAACUCAAUUAUGUUGAGGUA